UGUCAAAAUAUUUAUUGGGCAUCAUUUACAUUGAUUGAGGGAGGGAGGGAUGGUCGCUUGAGCAUCAAAUUACAGCACAUUAUCCAAUCGUUAUUCAAAAUUUGUAUCCCACUUCAGAAUGAAAUGAAAGUAUAGGAAAUUCCCAACCGAAGAAACCAAAAACCAGCUGCCCAAACUGAUGAACGUACAAAAUGGAAGCACCAAAGAAACUCGAAGAUAUGCCCUUCGAUAUCCUAAAUCGUAUAUUCAAAAUGCUUCAACUUGCUGACCAAUGGAAUUUGGCCCGUGUUCAUCCGAGAUUCUGCGAUGCCUUUGUUGAGCAUUCUCGCCAUAGAUUCACAACAUUUGUGAUACCCUUAGCCGAACUAAAUAUGUGUCCAUCGGAGAUCGUCAUGCUGUGCGGUGACACAAUGAUCCACAUUCAAAUUAAAGAAAUUGCUUAUGUUGAGCAUCUGCUGCCCUUAAUCGAGCGAUAUUGCAUCAAUUUGGAAAAGCUGAGCAUUCCGACGAGCGCUUAUAAUUGCAAGGCUGUCAAAUCAUAUUUGGAUAGAAAUUCUAAGCUGAAAUUCGUUGAAUUGUCGAUGAAUUAUAAUGACCACAAAUGGGAUAUUAGUGAAGCCAUCGCCAUGUUUGAAUCUAUACCAAAUAUAAAGAGUUUGCAGCUACUCAACUUCCCUGGACAUUGCCUGAUUAAAAAGAAGAUUAAGGGCUUUGUCAACUUGGAGGAGCUGACUGUCGGCGAAUCCGUUCCAUAUGAUUCAGUGCCCAAGUGGCGUUUCGAUAUUAGUGAUCUGUUGUUGAGGCUAAAGCACCUACGCCGCCUGAAAGUUUCAAAUAGAAUUGUGUUCCUAAACAGGAAACUCCAGGAACCACUCCUCGAAGAUCUUACACUCAUCUAUUGUGAUCUUAACUUUAAGAAGCCAUUUUUUCCCCAUCUGUUAGCGUUACGUAUCAAAAGAUCGUUUCCGUUAUCGACCAGAAACCAAUUGUUGGGUUUUAUUUUAAAGCAUUCCAAGACUCUGAAGCAUCUGAAAGUAAUAACAGGUCACAUCAUUUAUGCAGGUGAUGGCAAGUUUCGUGUGAGGAUGAAUUUUAAUGAUAGACUUUGUUUUAGAACAAUUGAAUUUAAACAACUGAAAGGUCUUCCAGCGGACUAAGAUUACUUCAAUGUAACAUCUACAUGUCUACGUCAGGUUUCUAUUAUUGCGAUUUGGGGUUUUCACUUAUUUUUAUGAUUUUUCUUUCUCUUUUCUGUUGAUGUGAAUCUCAUACACAAAUCCCUACCACGCACGAUCCUUUUCUCUACAUAAAAGGCACAAUUUGGAGAGUAGACAAUAAUUAGACAGUGUUAAAAACACACAGAAUCAUCUUAUGAUUCGAGAAUUUAUUUUUUGUUUACUUUUUCUUUUUUUAUGUUGAAAAUGCCAACGCUUUGGAUCUUCACGAAGAAGUGAUAUAUAUUUAAAGUUCCUAAGCCAAUUACACGUAAGAACUACCAAAAUGGAGGGUAUUCAUACAUUAAGCGACCAGUGUUAAGCAAUACACAUAAUAAUAAUAUUCAAAAUAUUAUUGUUGUUCUUUUUUUUCAUAACGUUGAAUACGUUGUAGUUUUAAAGCCCACAGACUAGGCAAUGUACAAGAAUUACGGACAGCACAAGGUACAAAUUGGAGGGUAGAAAA